AUGGCGGAGACGUAUCAGAAGAAGGAGCUGCUGGAGCUCAUGAAUACUGGCGAUAACAAGGUCUGUGUAGAUUGUGGAAAUCACAAUCCACAAUGGGCAAGUGUGAGCUUUGGAACGUUCAUCUGUCUGGAAUGUUCAGGUAUACAUCGGGGUUUUGGCGUGCACAUUUCCUUCGUGCGGAGCAUCACCAUGGACAAAUGGUCAGAGGAGCAACUGAAGAAGAUGCGUCUUGGAGGUAAUGAAGCAUUCAAGACAUUCAUGGACAAGUACCCCGCUUCUGGAGGGUACACCAAAGGCAUGGGCAUGCAGGAAAAAUACAAUUCCUGGGCUGCAGCACAGUACAGGGAAAAGCUCGCCGCGGCAUGCGCUGAUCCUCCCACGUCGUGGUCUCCGUCAGCGCCUCCGCCCGGCUGGGGCGUCCCGUCACGGCCUGUAUCCGCUCAAGCCACUCGAAAAUCCAGAGCGGGAGGCAUUGGAAAUCAAUCCUCGCCAACACCUUCAUCUGGACGCGCAUCACCUGGUGGAGCUUCAGGACCUGGCGGUGGAAGCGGAAAUGAAGCCUUUUUUGAGCGUCUGGGUGCCGCAAACGCUUCUAGACGUGAUGAUCUCCCUCCGUCCCAAGGUGGAAAAUACGCAGGUUUCGGAUCCAAUUACGAACCUGAAUACACAUCCUCAUCCUCUUCUCAUCCCAGUUUUGCGACCUCGUCUCACUCUGCUCCUACUCUCGAUGAAUUCCAAAAGAACCCAUGGGGAGCCGUGUCGAAAGGUUGGGGAGUGUUCAGUUCGGCACUUGCUUCUGCCGGCAAAGAGAUAAACACGUCGAUCGUUCAACCAGGUAUGAGUCGAGCUCAAGCGUUUGCAUCUGAGACGGAUCAAACGGAAUGGAGAAAGUAUCUUGACCAAGGUCUGGACGGAGCGAAAACAGCCGCUGGGUGGGCUGGGCAGAAAGCUGGUGAAGGAUGGGGUCAAGUAAACCAACUGGCGAAGCAAAAUGCAGGAGUGGACCUAGAUGAAAAGCUGAGAAGCCUGAACCUCGGAGGAGGCGGAGGAAACAGAGGGGCCAGUCAAGCGGGAUAUGGUCGGCUUGAUCGUGGAGAAGAUGGAUUUGGAGGAUCGUACUCUGAUUACGAGCAUCAAGGAGGUGGAUACCAGGAUGAUGACGAUGACAAUUCAUGGGGAGCCAGUGGAUCUCACGAGCCUGAAUCAGCGAAGACUGGCAAGGCAACUCAAAAAGAGACCAAGGCAAAAGACUGGGAUCAAGAUGACGAAUGGAAGGACUUUUGA